AUGCGGAACUCCUCCUUGCAGUAUGAUCUGAGGAAGACAGGUCUACCACCAGCUAACCGUAAACCAUCAUCCAACCACCGUACAUCGGCAACGAAGGUUUGACAAAAAUUGCACUUUGAACAGCUAAAGGAAUCGUUUCACACGGAUCAUGCAUUCAUGAUAUAUAUUGGAUAUAGCUAGCUACAUCGAUUCGAAAGCAAGAUACUACACAGGCUUCUAACCCAAGGCAAGAGGCCGACGACAUCAGCACUAGCAGCAGCUGGCUUUCUAGCAUUGGCUAGCUCGCGAGCUAGGUAUUUCCAUUAUAUUUUGUCAAUGACAGCAAUGAAUUUGAAGGGACUGGUUUCCUCUCCUACGUCUAGGCCUGCUACAGCGUGAUUUGAUUGUUCCAGAUUAAUCCAAAGGGUAAUAUAGUCUGAGUUGCCAUGACUUAAGGACAACCUCAUCAUUCCAAGAUGGAGAAAAAGAAAAUGUGCCCUCGUUUACUGGACUACCUGGUAGUAGUCGGAGCCAGACAACCAAGCAGUGACAGUGUGGCCCAAACUCCCCAGCUUCUACGUCGCUACCCUCUCGAGGACCAUCCUGACUUCCCUCUCCCACCGGACGUAGUGUUCUUCUGCCAGCCAGAAGGUUGCCUGAGCAUCCGCCAGCGCCGCGUCAGCCUCCGCGAUGAUGCCUCCUUCGUCUUUACGCUGACAGACAAGGACUCUGGCAUCACACGCUAUGGCAUAUGCGUUAACUUCUACCGCUCCUUCCAGCGGGGACACCACCGCAGCCGUGGAGACAAGGUAUCGCAUACCGAGGCCGCCACACAAUCAACAGAAACGGCCAGUGACGGAUCGGACGGCAGCAGUGUAGGCCCGGCCUUGUCCUCGCUGGCUCCACCCUGCAACGCCGAGACAAAGGCGCCAGCCGAGAACAGCACGGAGCCCAGACCCCCGGGCGGGGAGCCGAGCGCAGGACGGUCCCCGCGGCACAAGCGCAGUGCUGCCAAGAUGGCUAACCGAAACCGCAAUAGCACCCUCACCUCACUGUGCAUCCUCAGCCACUACCCUUUCUUCUCCACGUUCAGGGAGUGCCUAUACAUUCUCAAGAGGCUGGUGGACUGCUGCAGUCAGAGGUUGACACUGCGAGCUGGGCUGCCACGCGCUACUCAAAGGGACACCAUGUGGCGUGUGUUCACGGGAGCUCUGUCAGUAGAGGAGAAAGGCAACCAGCUGUUGUCCGACUUGCGGGAGAUCGAGUCCUGGGUGUACCGUCUGCUCCGUUCCCCGGUGCCCGUGGCGGGUAUGCGGCGCGUAGACGUUGAGGUGCUUCCCCACGACAUGCAGCCAGCGCUCACCUUCGCACUGCCCGACUCUUCACGCUUCUCCAUGGUGGACUUCCCCCUACACCUUCCCCUUGAGCUGCUUGGCGUGGACGCCUGUCUGAUGGUGCUCAGCUGCAUUCUGUUGGAGCACAAGGUGGUUCUUCAGUCGCGAGAUUACAAUGCCUUGUCUAUGAGCGUCAUGGCAUUUGUUGCCAUGAUCUAUCCUCUGGAGUAUAUGUUCCCUGUCAUUCCCCUACUGCCCACUUGCAUGGCCUCUGCUGAACAACUCCUUCUGGCCCCCACUCCAUAUAUUAUUGGUGUGCCAGCCAGCUUCUUCCUCUACAAAUCUGAUUUUAGAAUGCCGGACGAUGUGUGGCUUGUUGACCUUGACUGUAACAAGGUUAUAGCACCCACGAAUGCUGAGAUCUUACCUCCUCUCCCUGAGCCAGAAUCCACUGAACUCAAGAAACAUUUGAAACAGUGUCUGGUUAGGUUGACCGUGAUCACCCAAAAGCAGAUCUUCUCCUCUGACAAUAAGGCCUUGGCCAGUAUGAGUUUGAACACCCAGCCCAUACUGAACCUGGAGAAGUUCCAGGAGGGCCAGGAGUUGCCGCUUCUUCCACCUGGCCGGGACAAGGUGUCACCCUCAUCAACUGAGUUCAACCCACUGAUCUAUGGCAACGAUGUAGAUUCUGUGGAUGUUGCCACCAGGGUUGCCAUGGUGAGGUUCUUCAACUCUCCGAAUGUGCUCCAGGGAUUCCAGAUGCACACUCGCACCCUGCGUCUGUUCCCACGGCCUGUUGUGGCAUUCCAGGCUACAUCCUUCCUUGCUUCAAGACCCAGACGCUCAAGCUUUGCUGAGAAAUUGUCCCACACCCAGGCGGUAGAGUUUUAUGGAGAGUGGGCCCUAAACCCCUCCAACCUAGCUUUUCAGAGGAUUCAUAACAACGUGUAUGAUCCCUCCCUGAUUGGAGACAAGCCUAAGUGGUAUGCGCACCAACUACAGCCAGUGUUCUAUCGUGUGUAUGACGGCAGCUCCCAGCUGGCCGAGGCCAUGGCUGGGCCCCUGGAAGACGAUGGCAAUGACUCAGACCCAACAGAUGAUAGUAGCGACAGUGAAGCUUACGAUGACUCCAGCUCUUCCUACUCCUCCCUUGGAGAUUUAGUGAGUGAGAUGAUCAAGUGUGACAUCCAGGGAGACACACCAAGCGUACAUCCCCCAACUCAUGCGGCUCUGGGUGAUGCCAGCGAGGUAGAGUUUCAGGACUUCCAGGAAUUCAAGGAAGGAGAGGGUCCAGAUCGUCCUUCAGAGGUCUGCGAUGGACCAUCCGAGCCAUCUGAUGGACAACCUCUCCGUUCCAGCUCCAGUACCACAGCCAGCUCAAGCCCCAGCACAAUCAUUCAGGGAGUCAACCAUGAGCAAACGGAACAAGCGGAAAUGGAAGCGUCUGCAAGUGCUGCUCUUCAGAACCCUGUCCCGGUAUUGGGUGGUCCACCCUUCUCCCGACCUACCCCCGACUCUACAGCUGUGGACUCAGUCACAAAGAAGCGAGAAUAUGACAAUCCCUACUUUGAGCCCCAAUACGGUUUCCCUGCUGAAGAAGACCCUGAAUCAGAGGAGCAAGAAGAGUCAUACACACCUCGAUUCAACCAAAACCUUAACGGAAACAAGGCCCAGCGUCCACUUCGCCCAAGCAGUCUAAGGCUUCCAGGAGAGUCUGAUGGAGAAGGUGACUCUCGUAACAGCUCCCCUAUCUCAAACAACAGCGGUGAUGGUUUUGGGGGUCUCAUGUCCUUUGCCAGUAAUCUGUACAAGAACCAUGGCACCAGUUUCAGUCUCUCCAACCUAGCUAUCCCCAACAAGGCUGCAAGAGAGAAAGCCACACCCUUCCCCAGUCUCAAAGUAUUUGGGCUAAAUUCUCUAAUGGACAUAAUAACAGAGGCCGGCCCGGGGAGUGGAGAAGGCGCUCGGGCUCCCAGGGCCCUUGUAGACCAGAAGUCCUCUGUCAUCAAGCACAGUCCCACAGUCAAGAGAGAGUCGCCUUCCCCCCAAGGCCGCGCCAACAACACCAGUGAGAACCAGCAGUUUUUGAAGGAAGUGGUCCAGAGUGUUCUAGAGGGCCAGGGAGUAGGCUGGCUCAACAUGAAGAAGGUGCGUCGUCUGCUGGAAAACGAGCAGCUGCGUGUUUUUGUGCUGAGUAAGCUAAACAGAGCCGUGCAGUCGGAGGAGGAUGCCAGACAUGAGGUUAUCCGUGAUGUGGAGGUAAGCAGAAAGGUGUAUAAGGGCAUGUUGGACAUCCUGAAGUGCACAGUUUCCAGCCUGGAACACUCUUACACCAAUGCGGGGCUUGGAGGCAUGGCCAGCGUCUUUAGUGUACUGGAAAUAGCACGCACACACUACCAAACCAAAGACCCAGAGAAGCGCAAGCGGAGCCCCACAGACAGUGCUGGCAGCCCAGGCAGCAAGGAGAGUCCAUCGGCUCGUAUAGAGGGUGCCAGGCCUCAGGGUCUGCUUCUUGUGCCUCGCCUCCAGCUGACACAUCCCACCCCGGGCAAAGGUGCCCGGCACUUUGACACCCGGAGUCUGAACGAAGAGAAUUUUAUUGCUUCUAUUGAAUUGUGGAGCAAGCACCAGGAUAAGCAAAAAUCUAUGGAAAAACAGAGAGUGGAGGGAGCUAAACAGCAGCGUCCAGAGGUGACAGACACUGAGGAAAAGAAGUCUCAGAUCAGUGCAGAUAGUGGCGUCAGUGUCCACUCAGGGUCUCAGAAGAGUGACACAGAGUCAGUGACCAGCUCUGAACCAGCAGUGCUGACCAGAAGCACCAGCCAGGAUUCAGAAGCCAGCACAGUGAUAAGUAACAGCUCGGGGGAGACGCUGGGAGCAGACAGUGACCUUAGCAGUACUGCAGGGGAAGGGGGAAGGCCUGCUCCCCAUCUUGCUCUCUCCAGAGGGACUCUCUCUGAUAGCGAGAUUGAGACCAACCCGGCUACAAGCUCUGUGUUUGGUAAAACCCAGAAAUUAAAGCCUGGGAUGAAAAAACCUAUACCUGUGGUAGCUAAGGGACCCCCUGCCCAACCAAUGGAGGAUAUCAGCAUGAGGAUCUACUUGUGUGAAGGCCUUCUGGGGCGGGACAAGAGCUCCAUGUGGGACCAACUUGAAGAUGCUGCCAUGGAAACCUUCUCUUUGAGUAAGGAACGCUCCACUCUGUGGGACCAGGUUCAGUUCUGGGAAGACGCUUACUUGGAUGCUGUCAUGCUGGAGAGGGAAGGAAUGGGAAUGGAUCAAGGACCUCAGGAGAUGAUUGACAGGUAUCUGUCACUAGGGGAGCAUGAUCGCAAGCGUCUUGAGGAUGAUGAAGACAGGUUAUUGGCUACUCUACUGCACAACAUGAUUGCCUACAUGCUAAUGAUGAAGGUGUCCAAAAAUGACAUAAAGAAGAAGGUUAGGCGUCUGAUGGGGAAGUCCCACAUUGGCCUCUCCCACAGCCAGGAGAUCAACGAGUCACUGGAUAAACUGGCUCAAACAGAUGGUCGUGAGCUAUCUAUCAGGCCCAGUGGAAGCCGACAUAUCAAGAAGCAGACGUUUGUGGUGCAUGCUGGGACAGAUACCACCGGGGACAUCUUUUUCAUGGAGGUUUGUGAUGAUUGCAUAGUCCUGCGCAGCAAUAUCGGCACAGUGUACGAGCGCUGGUGGUACGAAAAGCUCAUCAACAUGACCUACUGCCCCAAGACCAAGGUGCUCUGUCUGUGGAGACGCAACGGCCAGGAGACGCAACUAAACAAGUUUUAUACCAAGAAGUGUCGUGAACUAUACUACUGUGUCAAAGACAGUAUGGAGAGAGCGGCAGCAAGACAGCAGAGCAUUAAACCAGGUCCAGAACUGGGCGGUGAGUUCCCUGUGCAGGACAUGAAGACAGGCGAAGGAGGUCUGCUGCAAGUCACUUUGGAGGGCAUCAACCUCAAAUUCAUGCACAGCCAGGUUUUCAUAGAGCUGAGUCACAUAAAAAAGUGCAAUACUGUGAAAGGAGUCUUUGUCCUGGAGGAAUUUGUUCCUGAAACUAAAGAAGUGGUGAUCCACAAGUACAAGACACCAAUGGCGCACCAGAUCUGUUACUCUGUCCUCUGCCUUUUCUCCUAUGUGGCUGCAGUGAAAGGGAAAGAGGGGGACGGCAAGGCCAAGCUCCUAUCCCCAAGACCCCUGCCUAGCUAGUAGACAUCCUCUAAAUAUGCCCGGGUAUACUCUACCCCACCCCUAGACUUCCUCAACACCCCCUUCUUGCGUGCCUCUGAGUCCCCAGCAAUUACUGUGUAUUUCAGUCCAUUCAUAUUCAUCGAUAAAUGACCCUUGAUAAUCCCUCAACCUACAAUUAAGCACACAUCCAUCGCUUCUCCUUGCCCACGUGAAUCCUUCCUAUGGAAACACCAUCCCACUCUCCUGUGUGUAAAUCUGUAUUUAUGAACCUUGCCCAAUGCUGUUGUUGUCCCCCACCCCCCACACACACACCCGCAGUCCUUCCUUAUGGCAAUCUUAAAGACUGGCCAUAUUUGCUCACUCUUUGGUGGGGUGACAGACUUUUACCCUCUAUGUUCUUAUUUGUGACUGUAGUCAUUCACUCUUGUCCCUGCUGCCAAUAUAUUCGUUUUUAGUUGGGAAGGAUACUUUGUUUGUGUGUGUGUGGGGAGGUUAAGAGGCUGUAGCUAGCAUGCUGGUCACAUGCAGAGCCCUGCCAGUCAAUAAAUAGAGAGCAAUGUCCUCUACCCCCUCUCCACUCUGACUGUGCAAAAAUAAUUCUAUGUGCUGUGUGAUACUUGUGU